AUGAACGACGCGACAGACACAGAUACUCCUCCAUCUCUUUACUACUCGCCUUCCAUCAGCGAUCACGAUCACCUGUCCACCAGCGAAUCGACUCCCAUUAACACUCCCGUGGGCUUUGACGCAACUUCCUCCUACGCACGCAAACCCUCCAAUCGCAGAAAGGACCCCUUCACUUGGGACUCGAAAGCUUCCAGGGAUUCUACUAAUCGGCCUCUGUACCUGACAGACGGCGAAGAUCCCGCCGACGUCUCGAAUAUACCGUUGUUCCCGUCAUCACUAGGAAAGACCGACACAAUGAACGGCCAACAAUCCCCCUUCGAUCUCUCCGCUCGACAAACAUCGGUUUCACCACCAGGCCAACAAGCAUCUAAUUUAACCUCGGCGCUGCAAAAAGCUGCCAACAAUGAUCGCGCUGGCAAUUCUUCAGUGCCUGCUGCUAGCAACGCAAGCGCCGUCUACAAGGCAGCAGCUGCUCGAAAAGACUCUCUGAGCGCAAGUAUGUCCCAAUGGGGAAACGGGACGAAGCCCAUCUCAGUGAUGGGAUCAAACAGAGAGAAACCUCGUCGCGAAUCUUUAGCCGGUAGUUUGGUCGGCGGCAUGAGCUGGGGCGGAGUUUCUGUUGGCAGUUGGAUACGAGACGAUAUUAUUAUGACCGGCACUUCUCCAUUCACAUUCCAAUCUCCAUCUUUCCAUUCAUCAUCAUACUUGCCAAAAUUAGAAGCGAAUUUCAUGCGUGAUUUUUUCUGCUGUGGUCUCACACUUCCGUCACUGCAUGAUCUGUUGCAACACUACGAAGAAGCGCAUGCACAGAAAGCCACGCAAGGUGGACAACGUCCCAGCCAAGGCGAUAAUCGAGCCGCUAUCAUGGCUGCCGCAGCCGCUGUGGCCCAAUCUCAAGGUCAGUCAAACAUGGGUCAAGACCGUGGAAUGCAGCAAGAUCGUUCGCAGAACGGACAGUCAAAAUUCAAUCCAAACCAGUCUAUCGACACGAAUGCCUUCACAUCAACACAACCUAAUUUAGACCUGGACACAAUCGACGAUAUGGAAAUGGACGACGCAAUGGGUCUAUCCGACUCGACUUCUCAAAUAUUUUCUUCGCAAAUGCCAGUCACACAGGGAGGAUUCAAUUCGAACCAGAGGGUGCCUCAAUUGAAUCUCAGUAUGCUUCAAGGUCAAGGUCUUCGCGGCUCACAACCCGGCACACCUAUCGCUCCCGGUCAUACGCUCCUGCAAAACAACCCAACCGUAUCCUCAGUCAACACACCAACAUUGUCAUCGAAUCCACUACAAAAUUCGCAGUUUCGUAAUACGCCCGAUUCCUCCGGACCUGGCACUCCGGCCGAGCUCGACGAGACCGUCAUCGGAGGCUUUGGCGAUUUGACUAUGCAGGGCGGUGUUUUACCACAGAACGGACAGUUCCCAGGAUUUGGUGGAGGGAAUGAUAUGGUCGAUCUAUGCAUUGAUGAGCCGGCAAAACGUCUCUUCAGUCCCAACGGAGGGUUUGGAGGACAAACCCGACGAAUCCGAGAACAACAAAUGCUUGCCGGUGUGCCCGAUACUUCGUUAGCCAGCAUGUUCCCGAAUGAAGAGCCGAAGCCUUUCAGAUGCCCCGUCAUCGGUUGCGAGAAAGCAUAUAAGAACCAAAAUGGGUUGAAGUAUCACAAAGCGCACGGUCAUAACAAUCAACAACUUCACGAAAAUGGCGAUGGUACUUUCUCGAUAGUCAAUCCUGAAACAUCAGCACCGUACCCUGGCACAAUGGGAAUGGAGAAAGAGAAGCCAUAUCGCUGUGAGGUGUGUGGCAAGCGGUACAAGAAUCUCAAUGGGCUCAAAUAUCACAAAUCUCACUCUCCCCCAUGCAAUCCCGAUCUUCAACUCGCCGGUCGCGGUUUGACCGUUGGUGGCGUCAUGCAAGGUCAAAACAUUAAUGUCGCUGGUGCCGGACUUCCAGGUAUCGGUGAAGAGGGGUUGAUGUAA